AGCAGGUUUUGUUUCACGGUGCACUCUUGAGGUCAGAGCAGUGGUGGAGAAACAGCGGAGCAAUAGCGGAGCCUCCGUCCUUCACUCUCCGCGAUUCAAACAUGGCUCUGAAUAUACUGGAAGCGGCUCGGAGAGUCAUCGCCUCUGUCGUCAUCACAGCACUGCUCAGGGUCUUUCGCUUCUUUAGCGCCUGGAAAACCGCCGUGCCAUCCGCAAUCAAGCGGGUCCCGCCCGUGGGCAACCCGCUGCUGCUGCUGUCAGCGACGCAGCUCGCCAAAAAGAUCCGGCGAAAGGAGGUGUCAAGUGUGGAGGUGGUGCAGGCUUACAUUGACAGGAUCCAAGAAGUCAACCCUCUUCUGAAUGCUGUUGUAAAAGACAGGUUUGCUGCUGCCCUCCAGGAGGCGGCUCAGGUGGAUAAGCUGAUAGAGGAGGAGACUGGAGGAGAGGAGGUGCUGGAGGACCGACUCCCUUUAUUGGGAGUUCCACUUUCUGUCAAAGAGUCUUUUGCCCUCCAGGGCAUGCCCAACAGUACAGGUGUGAUCACCAGAAAAGCAAUUCUGGCCUCCAUCGAUGCUGCAAUGGUGGCCCUGUUAAAAAGAGCGGGCGCCAUUCCACUGGGCGUCACCAACACCAGCGAGCUGUGCAUGUGGCUGGAGUCGCACAACCACCUGUACGGAAUCGCCAACAACCCGUACGACCUGGAGAGGACACCAGGAGGAAGCUCAGGAGGAGAGGGCAGCAUACUGGCAGCAGCCGGCUCGGUCAUCGGCGUAGGCUCAGACAUCGGCGGCAGUAUCCGUAUGCCCGCUUUCUUCAAUGGAAUAUUUGGCCAUAAACCCACUCCAGGCAUUGUGUCCAAUGAGGGUCAGUACCCUCCUGCUUCUGGCAGACAUGACGAGUACAUCAGUAACGGUCCCAUGUGCCGCUAUGCUGAGGAUUUGCUGCCCAUGCUCAAGAUCAUGGCUGGACCCAGAGUUCACAUGUUGUCCUUAAACACCAAGGUGGACCUUAAAAAGGUGCGCUUCUUCUCCAUCCCUGAUGAUGGGGGCAAUUCUAAGUCCUACCCUGUCAGCAAAGAGCUCAUAGACAUUCAGAGAAAGGUGGUGGAGCGUCUGGAGGCUGAUCUUGGAGUCAAAGUUGAGGAAAUGCGAAUCCCUGAGCUCCGUUAUAGCUUUGAGAUCUGGAGUACCUACAUGAAUCUCCCUGAUAAGGAGGGCAAGCCUCCUACGUCAAUGGCUGAGCUGAUGGGGGAACCAGGACGACCAGUGUGGCCACUGUGGGAAAUUCUGAAAUCCCUGAUGGGAAAGUCAGACCAUACCAUCCCCGCUAUUGCCUUCGCCCUGACUCAGAUGUCCAGUGAGUCGGAGCCGUCACCCUUCAUCGUUCAGCUGAGGGAGAGCCUGCAGAAGAAGGUGGACAAGCUCCUGGGCACUGAUGGGAUUUUGUUAUACCCCUCACACCCCAGAGUGGCUCCUGAACACCACACACCGCUUCUCAGACCUUAUGACUUCCCCUACACUGGCAUAUUUAACAUCCUGGGGCUGCCGGUCACUCAGUGUCCUCUGGGUCUGGGUGAAGAGGGUCUGCCUCUGGGUGUGCAGGUUGUGGGUGGGAAGCUGCAGGACCACGUCACUCUGGCUGUGGCUCUGUAUCUGGAGAAGACUUUUGGAGGUUGGAGAGACCCUGGAGCAAGUAAAGCAUAGUCAAGCCUUUUUUUUUUUUUUUUUUCUUUACCAAAUCUCUGCUUGCAGUAGUCCACAAUCAUUUAGAAGUACAAUCAAUGCAGUAAAAAACAUUAUUUUGUACUAAUCACAUAUCAGCCACUCAGCCAUCAGCUAAGUGUGUGACUUUGUUGUUCAUUUACACAUGCUUGAAAAA